AUGCCAUAUUCCUCCGCCACAUCCAAUUCAUACACCGCCACGCACUCCAAACGCACGCGCGCCGCACGCUCCAGCUCCAGCUACGCCCCCCUCCUCCCACCUACCCCUACCCCUACCCCCACCCCCGCAGCCAUCGCGCCAGCACUCACUCCCGCUCCCGCACCGGCACUCGCACUCGCACCAGCAACGCUCACCCUGCCGCUCCCCAUCCUCGCCCGCAAAUCCGCGGCGCCGUGCACGCUCUCGCUCGCGCACGUCCAUGCGGGCAUGACCAUGAACACGAGUACAAGUACGAGUACGAGCACGAGUAAAGGCACGAUGAGCGUUGUGAACGUCACCCCGCACAAAGGUCGCGCGCGCGCGGAGAUCAGUAUGCAGCUUGAUUUGAAAGUCGAUGUGGAUGUUGACGUCGAUACGGAUUUUGAUCUUGAUCUUGUGAGGUGGGCGAGUGGGACGGUGCCUGUUCCGGUGCAGGUCCAGCUCGUUGGGAGCGCGGGUGCCGAUGCCGAGCGUGAGGGUGCGGGUGCUGGUGAGCAAGGGCAGAUGCAAAGUCAGACCCAGCCAAAACACGCCUUCCUCGCACACCCGCCCCCACCCCACGUCCCGGGUCAAUCGAGGAGAGCGGUGAUGAGAGCGCGCAAGCGCGGUGUGAGGACGCUUAAGAGCGCUGAUAUCAAUUGUAUCCCGUUUCCUACCUCCGUCGCACCUUUGCCCUCGUCCUCGUCCUCGUCCUCGUCUUCAUCGUCAUAUUCGUCUAGUUCGACAUAUUCAACUUCAAAUUCGAGCACGACGUCAAUCGACUCGGGUCCUUCCUACACUUCACCUUCACUUUCGUCAUCUUCACCACACGCACUCCUCCGCCAAUCCUCCCGCGCAUCUGCACCCGCACGCGCGCGUCACACCAAACCCACCAAACCCACCACCAAACUCACCACCACCGCCGCCGCCGCACCAGCACAUGUACCACCAACUCUCCCAACGCCCCGCGCCUCGCUCCGCGCGUCGCCGUCGGUGCAGCCUUCGUUGCCUUCUGUGCAUGUCCAGGUGCAGCGUCAGCUUGCGCGCGGCGCACAUACAUCCGUCCCUGUUCCGGUGCAGUGUGUGCAGGUGUAUACGCAGUUCCAGCAGUUCCAGGAGGGGUAUACGCAGUUCCGGGAGGGGUAUGAGCAGCAGCAGGGGUAUGGGUACCCGGAGAGACCGUCCUCGCCUGCGCCCGAUGCGGUGUCGCAGCGCCAUAUCCCACACCCUCAGCACUCUCCACAACAACACGCUCAACACGCCCACCUCCCACCCACAGCGCCUCUUUCAUCCGCAGCCCAGAACCCCGCCAAAGACGCGCCAACGACAACGACAAAGCAAGACAACAAAGAAACACACACAUCAGACAAAGACAAAGACAGAAUCUCGCUCGCGGCGCUCGCUGCUCUGCUCAACGACAAAAAGGCGCAGUUCCAGGUGCAGAGGUUUAAAAAAGAGGAGGGGGAGGUGGAUGAUCCGCCGCCGCCUUAUAGGCGCUCGCCGUCGCCUUCUCAGGGGGCGCAGGUGCAAGAGCACGAGCACGAGCAGGCGCAAGGUCGAGAGCGAGAGCAGGCGCAAGGUCGAGAGCGAGAGCGAGAGCAGGAAAUAAAGCAGGUGAAGCAAGGGACACAGCCCAUCCCCAUCCCCAUCCCCCCGCGCCCGCGCCCGCUGCCGCUGCCGCUGCCGCAGGUUGUAGCGCCUAUCCCGAUUAAACCGCGCGCUUGUUCUGGCGCUGGCGCUGGUUCUGGUGUGGGAGGGGUGUCGCGGAUUCCUGGUCCGGUGCUUUCGCCUUCGCCUUCUUCGUCGUCUGUGCCUUCGUCUGUGGCUUCGUCGUCGCAGGCGUACUCCCAGCAUCACCAACCACAGCAGCACCAGCCCCAGCAGUACCACAGACCCUCGCAAACCCAAACCCACUACCAGCACCAACGAACCCGCAUCCGGAUCUCAUCGUCCGAUCUGCGCGUGCUCGUGCAUCUGUAUAGGACUAUUAUGGAUGGGGUUGAGAGGCGGUAUCGCUAUCGGGAUGAGAUGGGGCGGGGGGCUGAGAGGGCUUCGAGUCCUGGAUCGGGUUUGGGUUCUGGUGCGAGUCUGGGUUCUGGUGCGAGUCUGGGUUCUGGUGCGAGUUCGACGCUGGGACCGACGCUGGGACCGACGCUGGGACCGAUGGCGGGUUCGAGUCGUUCGACGAAGGUACCGGCACAGACACAGACACCAGCACCUGGGAGGAUGGUCCGUGUGCGCUCGGUGGUGGAUGAUAAUGAUAAAGACGACGACGCGCUUGCGGGUGCGGGUGUGGGCACCAAGCACGUCGCGCACGCGCAUGCGCAGAGGAACGCGGUGAUAGGAUCCGGGUCGGCGCUCGCUGAUGAUCUCAAGGCUUCGGGGUCGGGGUCGAGUCGGGUUGGAAGGUUUGGGAGGUUCCCGCUUGUGGAAGAUGAGGAUGUCUCGUCGUCGUCGUCGUCGUCGGCGUCGGCGUACUCCAAGUCGUCGGUAAAUGCAGACAAGCACGCAGAUAAAGACGCGGAGGACGACGAGGAUCACGUUCUCCCGACUUUCCCUUCCUCCCCAUCCCCAUCCACAUCGAAAUCCACAAUCUCAAACACGAUCCCAACGCUCUCGUUCUCAGAAGCACAAGCACAAGCAGAAAUCCGGCGCCAGCGCGCCGAGCUCGAAGUCCAAGAUGCGCUCCUCGCCAUCCGGCUCAGGGGGUUUUUGAGGAUGCAGGGUGUUUCUGAGGCGGAGCUUGAUUUGCGCGGGCCGCCGCCGCCGCCGCCGCCUGCGCGUGCGGGUUCGACUUCGGGGCAGGUGAAUGAGGUGGGUGGUGUGGAGGCAGGGAGGAAGGGGGAGGAAGCUGGGAGAGAAGGUGGGAGGACUAGAGAGGAGGAAGAGGAGGAGGAGGAGGAGGAUAGAAGGAUGAUGGAGGAGGUUGAAGAGGAGAUGAUCAAGAUUCGGGAUGAGGCGCGUGCGGCGGCGGGGCGGGGGAAGAUGUCUUCCCAGUCUUCCCAGUCUUCCCUGCCUCAAAGCCAGAGCCAGCGUCAGCCAUCGCAAUCCCAACAACUCCAAAGUCCUAGCCAGACCCAACAAGCACAACAAGCACAAGCACAACCACAACAAGCACGACCAAUCCGAUCCUCGCCCUCCCCACCUCCCCAACCGCGCCGCACGAUCCUCCCGACAUCGUACAUGAUCGCGUUUUUACUGAUGAAACACCACAUGGCACCCUCUUCCUCCUCUUCGUCUUUAUCGGGAACGGGGAGGCGCGGUUCGUUCGGUGCUCAGGGAAGCUACUACACCACAAGUGGGAGUGGGAGUGGGAAUGGGAAGAGGGCGAGUGGGCGCGGGAUGAGAAGUGCGUUGCGGUCGUGUGCUUGGGUUGCUGAUCCUGAUCCCUGUUCUCGUUCUGUUCAAUGUGAUGGUGUUGGAGGAGGAGGAGAAGAGGGGGGUGAAUGGGAAGGACAAGAGGGUGGGGGUGGGGGUGUAGGAGGUGUAAGAGAGGUUGAGGAGGAGUAUGAUACUGCGUCUGUUGUGGAUUGGCAUCCCGACGACGUUAUCCCUCUCGACCGCUACCGCCUGCUCCGUGCCGCUCUCCGCUCUCCUUUCUCCGUUAUCCACUUCUUCAUCCACUUUUGCAUGACCUGA